AUGUUAGAGGAAGCGAAGCCCAGAUCAUUCAACCACUCCGUGGUAAAUUAUGGGUUGGGUAUAGGAUACUCCAUUCUCGUUUUAGCCGUAGGGAGCCCUACAGUUGUGAGUUUUCAAGCAGACUUCCAAAGCUUGGAAUCCAUGGAAAUUCCGUUUCCCUUUGGUCACAACUCCCAUUUUGUUUUCCCAGUAACAUUGCCUGAGCUCUAUUUGUCUCUGGAAGGAAGGCGAGGAUUCCAUGAGCAUGCGUAUGGUGAAUUUUCUGUCCGAAAUAUGGGGGCUGAGGUGACAAUCAGCGUCUGA